UUCUUCCACUACGACAGAAAUCAUACGAAAAUUCGUGAGAAAUUCAUGGAUCCCAUGAGCCCAUGAACGAAACACUUCCCAUAUUUAGUGGUAUAUAUAUGUGAAUGUUACUGCCAAAUGUGUUAAUGUCCGAUUUCAGUAGCGGUGGGAUUUGCAUGGCAGCCUCUUGAAGAAGGAAAAGACUCGCAGCAAAUCAGCUCUCUCUGUCUCCAUUGUCACUAGGUAAAAACUAGAGAAUACCAGUAACACUAUCAUCACCAUGUUCCGUCGUAAAAGUAAUUCUCAUCAUGAGCUGGGGAGUGACGACCAGCUGCGAAAGGUUAAUGAGCUUAGGACUUCUCUUGGGCCGCUAACUGGAAGCAACUUGCAGUACUGUACUGAUGCAUGCUUGAAAAGAUACUUGGUUGCAAGGAACUGGAAUGUAGACAAGUCAAAGAAGAUGUUGGAAGAGACGCUUAAAUGGAGGUCAACUUUUAAACCCGAAGAAAUUCGCUGGCACGAAGUUGCUAUGGAAGGGGAGACAGGAAAGGUCUACAGAGCAAAUUUUCAUGAUUGCCAUGGAAGGACUGUUCUUAUAUUGCGACCGGGAAUGCAGAAUACGACUUCACUAGACAACCAGAUGAAGCAUUUUGUUUAUCUCAUAGAAAAUGCCAUACUUAAUCUUCCAGAAGGUCAAGAGCAAAUGGCAUGGUUGAUAGACUUCACAGGAUGGUCUAUAACCAAUAAUGUUCCAAUUAAAUCUGCUCGGGACACAAUCGGCAUAUUGCAAAACCAUUAUCCAGAAAGACUAGCUGUAGCGUUUUUGUACAGCCCUCCAAGAAUUUUUGAAGCAUUUUGGACGAUGGUCAAAUAUUUUCUGGACCCAAAAACAUUCGAGAAGGUUAAAUUCGUCUACCCAAAGAAGAAGGAUAGCGUGGAAGUGAUGAAAUCUUAUUUCGACAUGGAUAAUCUUCCGAUGGAGUUUGGAGGGAAGGCGACAUUGAACUAUGAUCACGAGGAGUUCUCGAAGCAAAUGGCUCAGGAUGAUGCCAAGGCUGCUAAGUUUUGGGGUUUGGAGAAAAACCAUCCCAUUCCCAUUCCCAGUGGCUUAUUAUCUGUGGCAGAAGCUGCUGCUCCUGUAGCCCCAUCCUGAUGCCUUCCUAAGAUGAAAUAAUGAUGUUACAAAUGUUAGGUGUUAAGGUUUCCUUUGAGUAUUAUUAUAGGAUUAUAACUGCUCCCUAAGAUGCUUUCUAAGGUUUCAUUUGAUCAUUUGAUGGCAGCUGUAGUCCCUUAUACAGUGAUGAUACUGUCUGAUGCUUAUGGCAAAACUGCCAUUUUUAAAGCCUAUAUUUACUCUUGUUAUUUGUUCUUGAGUAAUAAAUUCAGUUCUUCUCUUUC